AUGUACGAAGCUUGCAUGGAUGUUACUGAGAGCGAUCACAAACCUGUACGCUGUAAGUUUCAUGCGACUAUAGCUCACGUUGAUAAAUCUGUAAGGAGACAGGAGCUGGGGAAUAUAAUAAAGUCCAACGAAGAGAUAAUAUCCAUAUUCGAGGAAUUAAAAUCUGUUCCAGAAACAACUUUGAGCACCAACAACAUUGAACUUCAGAGUCAGGAGACAGGGACCUUAACAAUCACAAACAGUUCAACCACAAGCAAAGCCAUUUUCACCAUUCUCUGCGGUGGUCAGGUUAUAGUUAAGGAUGAUGGAGAAGAAGAGUCUGACUAUAACCCACGUGGCUCCUUUGGUCUACCUCGCUGGCUUCAGGUUUUACCCGCAUCCGGGAUAAUUAAACCAGAAGAAGCAGUGGAUGUGAAAGUUCAUCACGAAGAAUCUCACACAUUGGAAGAGAAUGUUGAUGGUAUCCCACAAUCCGAAAACACUCGAGAUAAAGAAGUAGUCCUUAUGGUGAAUAUUCGAGGAAGCUGCUCAACUACAGGGACAAGCCACUCUGUUAAAGUCCGCCACUGCUUAUCGGCUAGAGUGGGCCUCACAGAGUCCGAACCCACAAACCCAACAGAGAACCUAGACGGUUCACCUCGAGAAGCUGGUGAAGAGAACUUGUAG